GGGAGCUGGGCUGAGUUGGAGGAUGAGCUUAAAGCCUUCAGCAUGAGUUUAAUAUGUUAGUGACCAUGUUGGAAAUGAACUAUCUAAAGGGAGAGGUUCAUUCCUGGAAAAUCAUGGUAUAUACGUAUUCGCGCAAGCAAGCUACCAAGCUAAAGUCUAUAAAUACCAACUACUCUCAAGGAGAAAUCACAAUCAAAUUAAGAACUCUAGCUCAUCAAUUGUUCAGGCUCUAUCUCCCUCUCCCUUUCUCAAACCUUCUAAUGGAAAUAACCAGUAGAAAGCUCAUCACAGUUCUCAGCAUCGACGGCGGCGGGAUAAGAGGCCUUAUUCCAGCCACCAUCCUCGGUUUUCUUGAAUCUGAACUUCAGAAGCUGGACGGUGAGGAUGCAAGAAUUGCCGACUACUUCGAUGUGAUCGCAGGAACAAGCACUGGUGGUCUUGUGACAGCCAUGCUCACAACCCCAAACGAGAAUGACCGCCCACUGUUUGCUGCCGAAGAUAUUAAGGACUUUUACCUAAGUGAAUGCCCUAAAAUCUUCCCCCAAAAGAUUUGGCUUCCGUAUACAAGAAAGAUUAUGAAAGCUCUAACAGGACCAAAAUACGACGGUAAGUAUCUACAUGGCUUGAUCAGGCAAAAAUUAGGCAACAACAAGUUGCACAACACAUUGACUAAUGUUGUCAUUCCCACAUUCGACAUUCGGAAUCUCCAGCCAGUUGUCUUCUCUAGCCUUAGGGUGGAAAAGAAGCCGUGCACCGAUGCCUUACUCUCCGACAUAUGCAUUGCAACCUCAGCAGCACCAACUUACCUUCCAGCUCAUUAUUUUGAAACCAAGUAUGCUGCAGGAACAGUUAGAGAAUAUAACCUUAUAGAUGGCGGCGUGGCUGCAAAUAAUCCGACAUUUGUUGCUAUUUGUGAAGUGAUGAACGAAAUAGAGAAGGAGAAUUCAGAUAUCGUUCCUGUAAAACUCAUGGACUAUGGACGAUUUCUAGUAAUAUCAUUAGGAACUGGCUCAUCAAAAGCUGAACGGAAAUACCAUGCACCUGCUGCAGCCAAAUGGGGCCUCUUGAAUUGGUUAACCAGCGGUGGUUCCACCCCGAUCAUUGACGUUUUCAGUCAAGCGAGCGCCGAUAUGGUUGAUCUUCACCUUUCUGGCGUUUUUCAAGCCCUUAAUUCUGAAGAAAACUAUCUUCGAAUUCAGGACGAUACCCUUCACGGGACAGUAUCUUCUGUAGAUGUGGCAACAAAGAAAAAUUUGGCCAAUCUUGUGAAAGUUGGUGAAGGGCUAUUGAAACAACCAGUUUCCAGGGUUAAUUUGGACAGUGGCAGGUUUGAGGCUUCUAAUCAUGAGACUAAUGCAGAGGCUCUUACAAGGUUUGCUAAACUACUCUCCGAAGAGAAGCUGCUUCGCCAAGCAAGCAGGUCAACUAAUGAGCCUGCUGGAAAUACCUACUGAUAUAUAUUACCCUAUGAUUGAUGAAGUCAUGAUUCUUUAAUUUAGUAGUGUUUGGAAUUGUAAAUUGUAAAAAGUUAUUGAUAGUUCAAGAGUACGUGGGCAAAUGCCAUCAUACUUCAUUCUUGUAAUAUUUGUUCGUGUUCGAUUAAUCCCAGUUGGGAUAUCACUGUAACAGAUGUAUAACAUAUACAUUCUUUCUUUUAUUUGUUGUUCAAUUAUCAAUAAAAUUAAGCUUUGAUUUUCUUACUUAUAAA